AGUUGGAUCCAGUGGCGACAAUGCAUCUUUCGGCGGGAUUUGAAACAUGACAUAAAUUUGGAUUUGUAUCAUCCAAGCCACGCCUGCAUAUCUUUUGUUCCGUUCGUCUUAAGAGAAUGAAGGAUCCAAAAUCACUCGACAAUCUGUGGAUAGCAGCUGGCGAUGGUCAGCUGGAUAGAGUCAAAGAUCUCAUUGAAACCGGGGCUGAUGUGAAUGCUCAUGACGAAUUUGGAUACACUGCCAUGCAUGCUGCGGUAUCAUACGGUGAAACGGACAUUGUCAAGUAUUUGCUGAGCAAAGGUGCCAACGUGGAUAUUGAGGAUUUUGAAAAAGAUACGCCGUUGUACGUUGCCGAAACUGUCGAGAUGGCCCAGUUGCUUUUAGAUAAUGGAGCUGACCCACAUCAUCGCAACGAGGAUGGCAUUACACCAGCGGCCACGGCACAACAAGAAGGAUGGACGGCUGUAGCAGAAUUACUGGCUGGUAUUACAAAGGAAGAAUUAUCGGAACAGGUGGAUCCUGAGCAAGAGGAAGCCGCAGCCCUCUCCCAUACGCAGGAAGAAGCAGACAUGAUCAAUAGUUCUGAGUUCCAAAAUCAAGUCGAACAGGUUUUUCAACGAUUGCAGGAACAAGGCGGUGUAGAGAACGAAGAAGAGCUGGAAGAGAUAGUGACAAAGAUUGUGCUCGAUGAAAUGAGACGACGAAACAUGCAAUGAUCGGUAGUCAUCCCUUUUUGUAAUGUAAAUAUUCAUAUAAAAGAUUGACAAAGAGUCAUGCCACUGUCACAAAACCAGCACAGGGCAUGCAAUGAUCUUCAAGAAGAAA